UCCGCAUGUAUAUACACUUACACGUGUGUUGCCAGAUAGAGGCAUGGGACGCUUUGUUAUACAGAAAACUUUUAGCAACGCCUUUUCAACCACCUGAAGACAUUGAUUUGACUUAUUUCUUUUAUACAUUAACCAGGUAAAGUGCUUCGGAUAACUUUCAACGGUACCCAGUAUAAAAUUCAAUCAAGAGAAUCUAACCUAACCUCGAGUGAGUGUCUUUUAAAAAAAUGUAUAGAACCGUGGAUAUAUCAUUUUUUUAAAUUAUAAACUAUUAAAUUCUCCGGGCUAUUCCAUGUCUCUCGGUAUUCGCAAUAUAUUUUGCUGCAUUUCCCAUUGUCCAGAUCAGUUCGGUAAGAUCUCAGAAAAUCAAGAACUCACGACACACGUAAAUAUAGAAUAUAGCAGCUCUCUUCUCUAGCUAGCAUAAUUCACAAGUGCACACGUGUACGUCCACCUGCAUGCACGUCGACGUAGACCAGUACACCCUCCAAGGAAACUUCCUUCUGUCAUUUCUGCGGAGAACACGAAGUCGCCCACUACCCCCAGUGAAUAAGUCAGGAGCGUCCCAGGGCCGUGCACGACAUGCUGUUCUUGACAAACGAUUCUAUUACAAUGCGAUGAGGAAGAAGAGAAGAAAGGGAAAGGACGUAGGAAAAGAGGACUACGAAGGAGGAGGAAAAGGUGGAUUCGCUAGUAGCAAUACACGCCAUCUACUCUUCAAGAGGCUGAUGUGCCAACGACCCAUAGAAAACGUGCCUUACGCGGAAUACCUGUAUAGCAUUUUACAGGAGUUAUUAGGUAGAAGCAGCAAAGCAAGUUCAGACUGCAGGACAUCAAUGAGGACCGGCAUGAACUUCGAUCAUGGUAGAAAAAUCUUUUUGAGAAACGGCGGGACUUUUGAAUCGCUAAAAAAAAUAUAACACUUAUAGUACCACGGUAUUACUGUAAACAACGAAUUACACACGACUACGUUUUCUGUAUUAUUUUACACAGUGAUCGAUCGCCUAGAUCUUCCAGAUCAAAUCGAUACUCACGACUUGCUGUCUCGUAGGAUAACAUAGGAACCUACCCUAGCUCUACUAUACCAUUCGUUGCGGACUACCUCGAUGAAAUAACGCGCCGCGAGUUAUUAGUCAGGUUAUCGGAAUUUUUUUUCACGGUGUACUAGGUAAUUCGCGUAUAUAGUAGGUGUACAUAUAUAAUUCUAUUUACUAGGUACCAACUAGAACUACGAUUCUCCCUUAUUGAUGGACGAACUAGGA